AUGCCGGUGCCACCCGUGGGUGCGGUGCCGCCGGUGGGCGCGGGGGCUCGGAGCGGCUCCCGGUGCCCGGUGCGUGUCCCCGCGUGUCCCCACGUGCAGCCGGUGGGGGGGUUCGGGGCCGCAACCACCGGGAGAGGCGGGACCGGCACCGGGGGGGCGCGGCCAGCGGCGGAAGCGGCGGGGCGGGGCGGCGGCGUUGGGGUGGGGGGGUCCCCGCGGCCGUGCGAGGGCGGCGGCGGCGGCCGCCGGUCCCGGUGCGGUGCCGGUCCCGGUGCGGGCCAUGCGGCGGCCGUAGCCAUGCAGCGCGACGGGGAUGCGGCGGCGGCCGCCGCGGCCUCGUACCGGGUGCUCAGCCGGCUGCUGGGCUACGGCACCGGGCCGGAGGCGGGCGCGGCGGGCGGCGCCGGUGCCGGUACCGGCGCUGCGGGCGGGAUGCCCGGUACCGGGGGGCGGCUGCCGGGGGUCGGGCCGGCUCUGCGCAGCCCGCGGCCGCAGCUGAUGGUUUUCCGCAACGCUGCGGCCGAGGGCCGGCCCGGCGAGGACUGCGGCCCGGUGGUGGCGGCGGCGGCGGCGGCGGGAGGGGGGGUCCCGGGGGGCGGCGGGGCCGAGCUGUGCCCGCGGCACCGCUGCGCGCUGGAGCCCAAAGCGGCGGCGGGCUGGGGAGCGGCCGCGCACAACGGGCUGGAGCUGCAGCUGGCGGCGCUGGGGCUGCGCCCGCCGGGGCUGGGGGCGAAGGGGGCGGCGGCCUGCCCGUGCCUCGGGCCGCCCGCCGGCGAGGAAACCAGCGAUGCGCUGCUGGUGCUGGAGGCGCUGGAGCCCGACGAGGGCGGCAGCGGCUCCGAGGAUGAGCCGGGGUCCCCCGGUCGCGGGGCCGCCCGCGCUGGCGGCAGAGCUGCGGCAGCCCCCGGGCCCGCUGCGCCCCCCGCGGGACCCGGACCCGGCACCGGACCCGGCACCGGACCCGGCCCCGGCGGCAGGAAGGGCUCGCUCCGCAUCCGCCUCAGCCGCCUCUUCCGCACCAAGAGCUGCAGCGGCGGAUCGGCCACCGGGGACGCCGCCAGCGCCGCCGCCUCGGCCGGGAGCCUCACGGAUGUGAGCGGGGCCCGCGGCCGGGAGCAGGAACCGGGCAGGAAACAUCGCCUGACCAGAACCCAAAGUGCCUUCACCCCGGUCCUGUUCAGCCCCCUCUUCACAGGUGAGACCGUGUCUCUGGUGGACGUGGACAUUUCCCAGCGGGGGCUCGGCUCCCCUCACCCCCCGACCCCCCCGCCGCCGCCGCGCCGCAGCCUCAGCCUGCUGGAUGAUUUCAGCUCCUCGCUGCCCCCGGUGCUGCUCGGGGGCUCGUCCCUGCAGAGUUUCCCUCUGCCCCCGCCGCCGCCGCCCCACGCCCCAGACGCCUUGCCCCGGGCCGUGCCCCAGCGGCCAGCGGAGGCCCUGGGCCAGCAGUGUCCCCCAGGGCUGCAGUGUCCCCUGGCGCGCCCCGACCCCGGCAGCUUCGCCGCCAGCCUGAGGGAGCUGGAGAAGUGUGGCUGGUACUGGGGCCCCAUGACCUGGGAGGACGCGGAGAUGAAGCUGAAGGGCAAAUCCGACGGCUCCUUCCUGGUGCGGGACAGCUCCGACCCGCGCUACAUCCUGAGCCUGAGCUUCCGCUCGCAGGGCGUGACGCACCACACGCGCAUGGAGCACUACCGGGGGACCUUCAGCCUGUGGUGCCACCCCAAGUUCGAGGAUCGCUGCCAGUCCGUGGUGGAGUUCAUCAAGAGGGCGAUCAUGCACUCCAAGAACGGCAAAUUCCUCUAUUUCCUGCGCUCCCGGGUGCCAGGUCUGCCUCCCACUCCCGUGCAGCUCCUGUACCCCGUCUCCAGGUUCAGCAACGUCAAAUCCCUGCAGCACCUCUGCCGCUUCCGCAUCCGCCAGCUGGUCCGGAUCGACCACAUUCCCGAGCUCCCCCUGCCCAAGCCCCUGAUCUCCUACAUCCGCAAGUUUUACUACUACGACCCUCAGGAGGAGCAGUACCUGUCCCUGAAGGAGGCGCAGCUCGUGUCCCGGCACCGGCACGAGGCACAGCCGGGGACACAGCUGGGGACACAACCUGGGAUACAACCUGGGAUACAACCUGGGAUACAGCUGGGGACACAGCCCCAGGCACAGCCCCAGGCACAGGCACAGCCCUCCACGUAGCG